AUGUCUGGGGGCAUGAUCUACCAGUCCACCUCUGCAUCCCCCUUCCUCCCAGCCAGUUCUAGCCCCACCCAGCCUACCGUCUCCCGAGCGCAGCUCCUGCAAAAGCACCCUUGGCUCGGACUGCACCCCUCUGCCACUGCUAUCUCGCAAGUCGAUGUCUGCGAUGCCUGCGCGCAGAUCAAGUGGGACCAGCUGCCCAGCGUGACCGCUGAGGGCGCAGUGCCUCACCGCGAGUAUGGCGAUAUCAUCGCUUCUUCUAGUACCUGUCAGGUCUGCCGGGUCAUCGUCUACGCUGUUCAAUGGCAGCGGGAGAGGAUUCUCUCGGAUGUUGGAAGCGGCGACAAGCCAUACCUCUGGGGCUCGCAGUGGAUAACUGGCCCUGUGCCCGAGAUCUCCCAAGACACGCGGAUAUGGCUGUUUGGGGCUUGGAAGGCAGCAGGCCCAAGCAUGCCUCCGCACUGCCUCUUCGGACUCGGAUGCAUGAUGGCAGCGAAAGAUGUCGAACGUCUCCGACCGAGAGAUGCGGAUGGUGCCAUGGAAAAAACCACAUUCAUUCCGAAUGCAUCUGUCAGAAUAUGUGCCGGCUUUGGAGAUGCCAUUGGCAACAUUGUGCCCGGGCAUGUACGGUCUGCUGAUGCACGCCACGCUGCAAACUUCGAUCUUGCGAAACGAUGGAUGAAGAUCUGUCGAGAUCAGCACGACUGUGAAUCAAGGAACGCUUCCCUGCCCGCGAGAGUGCUUGAAAUCUCUGGCGAUGGAGGUACGAUGACAGUGCGUCUCUUCGAGACAGAGAGCCAGAUCAGCAGCUACACGGCCCUCAGCCAUUGCUGGGGCAAAGGCCGACCCUUGAUCACGACGACCCAAAACAUCAAUGAGUUGAAAACAAACAUACCGCUUGACAGCCUACCCAAGACCUUCUCGGACGCCGUGGUUAUUACUCAUACACUUGGACUGCGAUACCUCUGGGUAGACAGGUUGUGCAUCAUCCAAGACUCGCCAGAAGACUGGGCAGUGCAAUCUAUGAGAAUGGCAUCUAUCUAUGCAGACGCCAACAUCACCAUCUGUGCGAGUGGUUCCAUAUCCGACGAAGACGGAGUCUUCAUUCCUCGUUCUACUGUAUAUCAACCAUUGGAUAAUGAUACCGGUGUUCGGGACACGCGAUUUUCAGCAAUGGCUGCCGCAACCGUCAGCUUGUCCUCUGGCCAGACAUCGCGGCUGACAUUCUUCCCGCAACGAAUCACUGACGGUGGCCUUGGGACGCUUGGUAACCCACUGGAUCCUGUGACAUCCGACCCGCUGAACCUGCGGGGAUGGGUUGUUCAGGAAAGGAUCCUUUCACCUCGAAAGCUGAUGUACGGCCGCGAUCAGAUGUACUGGGAGUGUGAGCGCAGCCUCUAUUCAGAAGACGAUUCGCGUGGAAAGCCAAGUACUGCUUUGAUUGAACAGAUUGUGGACAGAGAACGGAAUCAGACUGGGCGAGCGCGCCGGAAGAGCGGCUGGCCGAAACUUGUGACCGCAUACAGCGAAGGACGACUGACCUACCUCAGUGACAAGUUUCCAGCUCUUGCAGGUCUUGCUUCGACUAUUGGUGAGGGAACCUCAGCACAGUAUUACGCAGAAGUCUGGAGCUCGCACUUGUGGCAGGAUCUGCUUUGGCAUGCUCAUACUGAGCCGGAAGCUACGCCAUUUGGCUUCUCGUCGGUCGAAGACUUUGAAGCUUAUCUACAGAGAUAUCCGGACAACAACAGUACACCAGGCAGCGACCGAACAAAUCCAUGGCUCGAAGUUUUGGAGAAGUGGCGCUGGGUUGUCACACCCGGUUGCCCGCCACUCCCACAUGACACUGAGGUUGGGACUAUUAGACACAACGACGACAUGGGCGAGAUUAGCAAGACAGGCUUCACCCUUAAGCGACCGACGGCAUAUGUAGCGCCCAGCUGGUCUUUCGCAUCCGUCGAUGCUCCGGUGAAAUACACAUACCACGAAGACGCUGGGCUUGAUGUUGUCGCCAAUUGCAUCAACAUUCAGACUGAACUUCCCGGCCCGAACAAGUACGGUCAUGUCAAAAGCGGCUCGCUGACUAUCAGGGGCAUGCUCCUUCCACUCACAAAGCCACCAGCCGGCACAAAGACCUUCUUCUUUGGUUCCAAAGUAUGCGUGGAUAUUCCCGAAUACCACUUUGGCGGUUCCGAGAUUGAAAACGUGUUCUUGGAUAUCAAGCCCGUCUUUCCGUGCUGGGCGUUGAUGGUCGGACUGAAGUCCGCGAUUCUCGUUGUGCCUGAGGAGGAUGCUGAUGAAGAUCUCCGGUUCGGUCUUGAGCAUCACGAGGGAACGUGGAUCAGAGUGGGAGCGUCUCAUGCGAUGUAUGGAUUCGAGAAGUUUUUUACUAAGGCGGACAAAUCCCGGUGGGUCCGGGAGAUCACCAUUGUUUGA